AUGGAAGAAGAUGAAUAUUUAAAUGAACUUAAGCCCCAAAAUGUAACCGAUGUCAAAAAGAGUUUAUUUGUAGAAGAAACGGACUCGCCGAAGGCUGAAGAUCUGCCUGAAAAUCCUCGAGAGCGAUCCAAUUUUGUUUCCUCGUCAUGCUUUUGGUUCACCAUUCCCAUCUUUAUGAAAGGAUCGAAGAAAACACUAGAUUCAAAGGACCUUUACAGGCCUUUGGAGGAGCAGAAAUCAGAUACUCUUGGCAGUAAAUUGUGUGCCGCUUGGGACCAAGAACUAAAGAAUGAUAAGGAAAACCCGAACCUGAUAGGAGCUCUUCUGCGUGUUUUUGGUUGGCAGCUCGGUUUCCCUGGCCUGGUAGUUUGCCUGGUAGAGCUGGGACUAAGAACUUUUCAGCCAAUUUUCUUGGUUAAGCUUAUAGAGUACUUCUCACGCGGCUCUAUAGCUAACGAAAUGAGCUAUUUUUAUGCGUUCGCAUUGAUCCUAAAUAGUGCUCUUAGCUUGGUGAUCAUGGCUCCUGCCGACUUCUUCAUCAAUCAUGUGUGCUUUAAGGCUCGAGUGGCCAUGAGCAGCAUGAUCUACCGGAAGGCCCUACGUUUGAGCCAAAGUGCACUGGGCGACACGACGUCCGGCCAUGUGGUUAAUCUACUUUGCAACGACAUUCCUCACUUGGACAAUCAUGUCUACACCGGCCACUAUCUGUGGGUGGGUCCCAUUCAAGUUCUGCUAAUCACUUACCUGAUGUACCAGAAGAUUGGAAUCGCUGCAGUGUUCGGAAUGAUCUUUAUGCUGAUCCUCAUACCCCUGCAGAUGUAUCUGGGUACCAUAACCUCUAUGCUGCAUCUAAAAGCUGCCGGACGAACGGACAACCGGAUUCAUUUGGUGAAUGAAAUCAUCUCCGGCAUCCGGGUGCUCAAGAUGAACGCCUGGGAACAGCCCUUCGAAAAGAUGGUGGCCAAGGCGCGUCAGAAGGAGAUGAACUCCAUUCGCCAUGAACAGUACAUAAGUGGCUUUCGCUUUGCCUGCCGAAUCAUCGUCUCACGGGUGGCCAUCUUCCUCAGUUUGGUGGGUUACGUGAUCUUGGGACAGUUUCUCACGCCCGAAGUGGCCUUUCUGAUUACCGCCUACUACAACGUACUGAUAGCCGCCAUGUCCAUAUAUUUUCCUGUUGCUGUCAUCCAGACGGCUCAAAUCUUGGCUUCACUUAAGCGUGUUAAGAAGUUCUUGCAAUCCGAGGAGGUGAAAAACAAUCCAAAAGAGACAGUAGAUGAGGAAAAUCCCAUUACCAACGUUCAACCAAACCCUGCGAUCUCCAUUACCAGACUCAAGGCCAAAUGGGAUCCCAAAUCUCCUGAAUACACACUUUGUGGGGUAAAUCUGCAAAUUCAACCUGGGAGCAUUGUGGCCAUAAUGGGACCCACUGGAUCGGGCAAAUCCAGUCUUAUCCAAGCCAUUCUCGGCGAACUUAAGGCAGAGUGUGGUAAGAUAAAGGUGAAUGGCUCAGUGUCUUAUGCCUCCCAGGAGCCCUGGCUUUUCUCCGGCACCGUUCGCCAGAACAUUCUAUUUGGCCAGCCCAUGGAUCACCAGCGGUACGCAGAGGUGGUGAGGAACUGUGCCCUGGAGCGGGACUUCGAGCUGCUUCCGCUCAAGGAUAAGACGGUAGUUGGGGAACGCGGCUCUUCGUUGUCGGGUGGCCAGAGGGCCAGGGUCAGUUUGGCGAGGGCUGUGUACCGGAAGGCCUCCAUCUAUCUACUGGGUGAUCCACUGAGCGCGGUGGACACCAAUGUGGCCAGUCAUCUCUUCGAGCAGUGUGUGUGUGGCUAUCUAGGGGGAAGCACCGUCAUUCUGGUUACCCAUCAGCAGCAGGUCUUGCAGCUGGUCGAUCAGAUUGUGAUCUUGGAGAGGGGACAACUCAGUGCUGUGGGCACCUACCAGUCGCUUCUUAAAACGGGCUUCGACUUUGGCACCAUUCUUGGCAAAGCAGAGAAGGAAAAUGAGGAUCUGGAGGAUAAACGAUCACGCUUGGAUAGCUGUAGCACAACCCUAAAAGAAAUAAAUAGGAACAGCGACAAGUCUGUAAAAUCCAUUGAUGAUUCUUGCCCGGAGAAGAUCAAUAAGGAGCACCAGAAUUCAGGUCACAUCGGUCUGGAAGUAUACAAGAAGUACUUCCAAGCAGGCGGUGGACUUUCCGCUUUCUUCGUCAUGAUCACUUGCUCCAUCCUGACACAAGUCUUGGUUUCAUGGGGCGACUACUUCCUAAGUUACUGGGUCAACAAGAAGAGCAAGGCUACUGUCGAAAACAAAAUAGGUAACCAGAAGGAUAUUGGGUCUGAACAAAUGGAUAUCUAUAUUUUCACGAUGACCAUAAUGUUUUCCGUUUUAAUGACUUCGACGUCUUCGAUUUUGAUAUUUAAUAUGGCCAAGAAGGCGUCUAUUCGAUUGCACAACACCAUAUUCAUUGCGAUCACCCGAGCCUCUAUGAAUUUUUUCAGAAUGAACGAACAUGGAAGGAUUCUGAAUCGGUUUUCAAAGGAUAUGAGCCAAGUGGACGAAUCAGUGCCUGACUUGAUGGUCGAUGUGCUACAGACAUCCCUUUGGCUGGCUGGAAUUAUAAUCGUUAUAGCCAUCGUCAAUCCCGUGUUGUUGGUUCCAACUUUAAUAUUGGGGAUCAUUUUCUAUCAGCUGCGCAAUUUCUAUCUGAAAACUUCGAUGGAUUUAAAGCGCAUUGAAGCUAUAAGUCGGUCCCCAGUUUAUUCGCAUUUGGCUGCCUCGCUGACCGGUUUGCCCACCAUCCGCGCCUUCGGAGCGCAUCGUUUCCUGGAGGAGCAGUUCGACAACUUCCAAGAUCUGCAUAGUUCUGCACGAUAUAUGUCGAUUAGUACCUCGAAGGCCUUUGGUUAUUGGAUGGAAUGCUUAUGUGUGACCUACAUUGCGAUCGUAACACUCAGCUUUUUUGUCUUCCCUCCAGAAAACGGAGCUCAAGUGGGUUUGGCCAUAACACAGGCCAUGGGACUGAUGGGUCUGGUGCAAUGGGGAGUGCGUCAAUCCGCCGAGCUGGAAAACACAAUGACAGCGGUGGAACGAGUGGUGGAGUAUGAGAGCAUUGAGCCAGAAGGAGCUUUAGAAGCCCCGGCUGAUAGGAAGCCACCCAAAUCCUGGCCAGAGCGAGGGGAAAUAGUGUUCGAUAAGCUGAGUCUACGCUACACGCCAGAUCCAAAGACGGAGAAUGUGCUCAAGUCACUGAGUUUCGUCAUCAGACCCAGGGAAAAAGUGGGCAUCGUGGGACGCACUGGAGCGGGCAAAUCCUCGCUGAUCAACGCCCUCUUCCGACUGUCCUACAGCGAUGGAUCCGUGCUCAUAGACUCGAGGGACACAAGUGAGAUGGGUCUGCACGACCUGCGCAGCCAGAUCUCCAUUAUUCCCCAGGAACCCGUUCUCUUCUCCGGCACAAUGCGGUACAACUUGGAUCCCUUCGACGAGCACAGCGAUGAGAAGCUGUGGAGCUGCCUGGAGGAGGUGAACCUCAAGGAUCUGGUGGCAGAUCUCCCCAGUGGCCUGCAGAGCAAAAUCAACGAGGGCGGAACCAACUUCAGUGUGGGGCAGCGCCAGCUGGUCUGCUUGGCACGGGCCAUUCUGCGGGACAACCGAAUCCUCGUCAUGGACGAGGCCACGGCCAACGUGGAUCCCCAGACGGAUGGCCUCAUCCAGAACACCAUUCGGAGGAAGUUCAGGGAGUGCACGGUGCUGACGAUAGCCCAUCGCUUGCACACCAUCAUGGACUCCGACAAAGUGAUGGUCAUGGAUGCCGGCAGAGUGGUGGAGUUCGGGACGCCCCAUGAGCUGCUGACAGUGGCGGACUCUAAGGUGUUCCAUGACAUGGUCAAGCAGACGGGUCAGGCCACCUAUGAAAGUCUGCUGAAAAUCGCACAACAGGUUGGUUCUCAAUUGAUUUGA